AUGGAUAUUUCUAGGUUAAUUGUCUAUAUGCAGCAAGUGGAAAAUGAGAAGAGGGAACAGGCGAAGUUCAGAAAUAGGCAGGUAAGAGGAACAGGUUUUAUGACCAAGGAGGUGCACUGUCGUAAGCUGGUCAGGAUGGAGGCAAAUGGUAGAAAAACAUGUAAGGGAGUUUUGGUUCCUUCUCUACUUCUAGUGCGCCUUACCCGAAGUAGUCGGGUGAUAGACGUCAGCAAGGUGGUGAUAAGUUCUUGGCAUAGGGUGCCCAAUCUCAAGGACAGGUGUUUCAAGUAUGGCCAACUAGGCCAUCUACUCAGGAAUUGCCUGGCUAAUAAGGUUGCUAUGGGAGAAAAUAAGGUUUUGGUUGCUUUAUCUGCUGCUCUUGCACCUAGUGGUGUUGCGUCUGCAUCUAUUACUACUCCUUGUUCUAAUGUUGGCCUGAAAAGGUUGUAUGCUCUUGCGUAUCGACAGGAAUCUGAAGCAUCUCAUAAUAUCAUUACUGGUACAUUACAACUUUUUUCUCGUGACAUGUUUUUUCUGCUUGAUCCAGGGUCUACUCUUUCCUAUAUUGUUGGACCUGCAAGGUUGUCUUUAGGUUCCCUGGUCAACCAGUUACAGAGUGGGGGAGUGGUCCUCUAG